GUUAUCCUUGUGUGUGUGUGCGUUAGGGAGGUAGGGCGCAUGCGGGUUUAUGUUGUGAACGGCCCAGGGGUACGGGAACCAAUCGGUGUUGUUCGUUCCCUUUUUUUUUUUGCUACCAAGGAUAUUCACAUUCAAAAAGGGGUCCGCUCCUGCGGCAUUGGUAUUGGUGUGCGAUGCGGCACAGGAUUAGAAGGACAUGCCGGUGCCAUUUAAAACAGGCGCACCGUGCCGAAAGUGGAUCAAUCGUCCUCGAACCUUCAGCGUGCGCAGUGGUGCCGACAACACCAGUGACUACCGUUCGUGAACUACGACAGACAGCGCUUCCGAGCUGCAAGUGAACUCUAGAACUUUUGCAGUGCUGUGUCGGCUUAAGCAUUCAGUGACAGUGAUACAGUGCUAAAGCUAAACUUCAGCUACUCAGUGUGAAUCUUCCGUCUCACGAUCAACUAUCACGCAUCAAACUAUCAACCACCGGGUGCAGCUGCUUCCAACACGUUCGGCAGCCUACAACACCUCGAUAGCUAGAUGAUGUUCAGCAGCUUACCAACGGCGCAAGAACGCGGCCAGGAAAUGCAAUCGCCCGUCAGCUCACCGGAGCUGAUCGAUCCGCGCUACAAUCAUAUGCGAAUUCCCGCCUCAUCAAGCCGCAUCUUGUACGAUGUACCGUGCAAGGUAUGCCGGGAUCACAGCUCGGGCAAACACUACGGCAUCUACGCCUGCGACGGUUGUGCCGGGUUCUUCAAGCGCUCGAUUCGCCGCAGCCGCCAGUACGUGUGCAAGUCAAAGUCCGAGGUACCGUGCGUGGUGGACAAGACGCACCGCAACCAGUGCCGGGCCUGCCGGCUGAAGAAGUGCUUCGAGGUGGGCAUGAACAAGGACGCGGUACAGCACGAACGCGGUCCACGCAGCUCCACACUCCGCAAGCAGAUGGCCCUGUUCAUCUCGAAGGAUUCGCCACUGCGGCACGAUAUGAUGCUAACGCCCGGCAUUCCGAUUCCACACCACGGACAUCAUCACGCACAUCACCACGGCCACCACCACGGCCAUCAUCAACCGUCGAUGGGGCUGGAUCUGUCGCUCGGUCGCAAUCCAUUCCUUACCCCGCCUCCGUCGGCACCGACCACCACCGCUCCGUAUCUGCCGCCGCCCGUACUCUUCCCGGGCAUGCAAGCGUCCCAUCCGCUCGUGGCGGUGGACGCGAUACGGGAAUCGGCCGCCCAGCUACUGUUCAUGAACGUGAACUUCCUCAAGAGCCUUACGCCGUUCAUUCAGCUCCCGAUGGCGGACCAGCUCGUCCUGUUCGAGGAGUCGUGGCGCGAGUUCUUCAUACUGGCCGUCGCCCAGUACCUGGCGCCGAUCAACUUCAGCCAGCUGCUGAUCGCCUACGAGUACCUCAACAACAACCGGGGCGAGAGUGGUAACGUGAGCGAGUUUCUCGUGAAGGAGGUCGAGAUCUUUCAGGAAAUUCUCGCCCAACUGGCGGCGCUGCGCGUCGACCCGAACGAGUACGUCUAUCUCCGGGCGAUCGUCCUGUACAAGAGUGAGUUUGAUGCGGAAACGAGCAUCUCCAGCGUGAGCAGUGAUGGUUCGGACGUGACGACCGCUUCUUCCGCCGGGUCAGCCAAAUCGAUCAGUGAGAUAGCGACGGUCCGGGCGCUGGAGGAAAGUGCGAAGGAGGCGCUCGCCUCCUACAUCAGCACGUGCCGACCGGGACCAUCGAACCGGUACCGGACGUUGCUGCAACUCCUGCCCGUACUGCGCAACGUCUCCAGCUACACGAUCGAGGAACUGUUCUUCCGGCGCAACAUCGGGCCGGCUCCGCUGCUAAAGCUGUUGCUCGACUUCUACCGACAAAAGUAAAGUGAACUUCAAACGUUCCUCCCCCCCCCCCCACACACACACACGAUCCGAGAUUCCUUGCGGUGUACGGAUCGCAAACUAUCUGUGAUUGACUUGCUAGGUGCGGGUCCCGAUUCCCGUUUCUGUUUUAUUUUGCCAUUACUGGAGAAGCCUUCCCGAGUAGCGAGUUUGCGUGAAAACGGCAUGUAAACGGUAGACAAUAAUAGUGUUAGACGAGAUAGACUUUAAGGUUUAAUAAUGUUAACUUCUUAAGAGCGAUAAAUAGAGCGAACUAUUGAGGAUUCAAACAAAAACCUAAAUAUGUUUUUAUUUCCCUUCUCUAUGUCUACGUGUCAGAUCAGAUCCGUCGUUAAAAAACUGUACAGGGAAUGUGUUAGCUACUGGGAAACAUUUGUUUCUAAUAGUUGAUACAAAAACAACAAACAAAACUAUAUCUAAAUGUGAAACAACUGCUAACGGUGGUACGAAUAAACAAACACUCUAAACAAGCAAUUUAA